AUGACCACAGAAAGACACAAGCUCGGAAUCGCUACAGUCUCGCUCGGCUGGCAUCCAUCGCACACUCUUGAACGAAAACUCGAUGCCGUAUCCCAACAAGGGUAUGAGGGGAUAGAGCUCUAUCACCCAGACUUGGUCACCUUUGCAGAGCAACAUUCCCUGACGCAUUUGGAAGCCGCAUCGGAAGUAGGCAGAAUGUGCAAAGACAGAGACAUCGCCAUCAUAGCGCUCCAGCCACUGUUUAACUUUGCCGGCGUUCUCACGCCUUUGGAAACUCGACUUCAAUCCGCCCGCGAGUAUAUCUCUCUGGCUCGGGCGAUGGGAACAACGAUUAUCCAAGUACCAACAACAUAUGAGAUGGAUUCGACGGGCAACGAAGAUAUUAUCGUGGCAGAGCUCCGUGCCCUCGCUGAUUUGGGGAGUCAACCGACGAAGACCGGCGAGAAAGACAUCUUCUUCGCAUUCGAAGCAUUGGCGUGGGGCGUGCACCAUGCAUUAAUGGACGAUGCGAUCCGCAUCGUCAAGCUCGUGGAUCGAUCGAAUUUCGGUCUCUGCCUCGACACUUACCAUGUCCUCGCGAGGGUUUGGGCAGACCCGCAUGCAGCGUCCGGCACAGGCACAGGUAUCGCUCCAGGAGGAUAUGCGGCGCUCAAGUCCACACUUGACCGAUUCAUGAAGCAGUGUCCGGUUGAAAAGAUCUUUUAUCUCCAACUCAGUGAUGCUGAGAGAUUGAAGCAGCCACUCAUUGCGGGCCAUGAGGCUUACAAGGCCGAAUGGGCCCAUUGGGAUGCCACCAUGCAUUGGUGUGUCUGGGGAAGACUAUUUCCAUACGAGACUGAGUAUGGUGCCUAUUUCCCACUAGACAAUAUUCUGCAACUUUGGCUCGUGGAGAAGGGGUGGAACGGCUGGGUGAGUAUGGAGAUGUUUCAUCGGGACGAGCACAAGGAGUCGAUUGGUCCCGAAGUGCUCGCGGAAAGAGGAUAUAACUCAUGGCUGAAGAUCAAAGACCGCUUCGGUUUGAAGUGA